ACAACCCUGCCAAACUAUCACGACUGCAACCCUGGAAAACUGUUUUGGUUUAAGAAACAUGUGUUGCACUUGAAUUUUACAAAAAAGUGGGAAAUUCGUAAUAUUUUUGCGCGAUAGUGCAGAACACUACUCCCGCCAUCGUUCCCAUAGGGAAGCUUCUCUUCGCUUGAAAAGCCCUUUUACAGCGCUCCGGAAAUCAAUUAACCAGCUCACGAUCGACCCUAGAGAGUACUGAAGUUUGCGACCGGUGAUCCGGGUGUCUCGGAAAUCCAUCAAAACCCGCUCAGGUUAGGUUCGGUAAAACCAGCGCCAACAUCGCGGCAAGGUCUACUGCAACAAAGAUUACGGAUAGCCUUUAUAGUUACCAAAGGGAAAGAAAAGUUUGCACCCAAUCGUCCCAACUUACGUCCGGAACAUCCGUAUCCGUGCAAUCAAACUAGCGGCCCCUUUGUGUCUAACAGCGUGUGAGCAGACAAAGAAACUCAUCAUUUAAAGAAAAAUGAAAGUUAAAGUUAUCAACAGAAACCCCGAUAAUUAUUACCGUGAAACAAAAAACGACAUACGGAAAUCUUUCCGAAACUAUAACCCGGAGUUACACCCCUUUCAGGCUGCGAGGGAAUAUGUAAGAACGCUAAACGCAACGAAAUUGGAACGCGUGUUUGCCCGUCCGUUUGUUGGAAACUUGGACGGACACAAAGAUGGAAUCUCGGUUCUAUCAAAAAAUCCCAAAAAAAUAUCCGUUCUCGCUAGUGGUGCCUACGAUGGCGAAGUGUUUAUUUGGGAUGUUUCUAGCAAGACUCACCUAAUUCUUGGGGCACACAGUGGAUACUGUCGAGGCAUAGCAUUUUCGAGCGAUGGAGAGCGCAUCAUCACCGUAGGAGAUGACAAAAACAUCAAGACCUGGAACUACGCAGAAGCCAAUAGCCAGCCGAAAAUUGUCCGACCUCUGAAUACCAUCAUUACGAAAGCAGUAACUGCGGCCCUGAGUCAUAGCUAUGACGGCACAACCUUUGCGACGAGCGGCGACAGUUGUUACAUAUGGGAUGAAAACCGUAACGAACCGCUCAAAGAACUUGAAUGGGGUGUCGAUAUGGUCCAGGAUGUGAAAUACAAUCCAGUCGAAACAAAUCUGCUUGCGGCAUGUUCAUCAGAUCGAGGAAUCAUACUGUACGACCAACGUGAGAGGAAGCCGCUUCGCAAAUUGCUCAUGACUUUACGUUCAAAUCAGCUUUCCUGGAAUCCGAUGAGAGCUUACAAUUUUACGGUUGCCAAUGAAGACUACAAUUUGUAUACAUAUGACACACGGGCUUUGAGCCAUCCUUUGAAAAUGCAUACUGGACACGUAUCAUCUGUAACUUCUAUUGAUUAUGCUCCUUGCGGGAACUGUUUUGUUUCUGGAAGUUAUGAUAAAACAAUUCGCAUAUUUGAUCCGCGCAAAAGUAACAGUAGCGAUGUUUAUCACACAAAACGCAUGCAACACGUCACCAGUGUUGCUUGGAGCAUGGAUAAUAGCUACAUAUUCUCUGGGUCGGAUGAAAUGAAUGUUCGCAUAUGGAAGUCAAACGCAGCGGAGAAAUUGGGCGCAUUACAAAUGCGUGAGAAAAAUGCCUUCAAUUAUAAUACUACACUAAAAGAAAAAUAUGCAACACAUCCGUCAAUUAGGCGCAUUGCUCAACAUCGUCAAGUGCCCAAAUCGGUAUAUAAGGAACAAGAGAAAUUACGCACCGUGCUGCAGAAGGAAAAGAGAAGAGAGGAAAAUAAGAGAAAAAAUUCAAAACAUGGCAAAUUACCGUACAUACCUGUUACAAAGAAAAAAGUGGUUAAAAUCGAACAGUAACGUAUGUAUACCAUCAAUCAAAUGAACUACUACUUUAAUCGAUAUGAAUAAAAUCACUGCUUAUCAUAAUGCGAA